UCAUAUAUUGCCAGCGGAUCUCACUUUAGCUGCCCUAUCUGUCAAAAUGGCAGUUUUAGCAGGGAAGAACUGCUAGAUCAUGUAAAUACAAGACAUGCAAAUAGUACGGGACUGCAACUGAUCUGUCCAAUCUGUAUUGCAAUGCCAUGGGGUGAUCCUAACCAAAAAAGUGAAGAUAUUCUACGCCAUCUAAAUCUUAGACAUCGAUUUGAUUACAAUAUGUUUAUC